CAUUCCAUGAGUGCAAUUAAUGGAGGCUGCGUGGAAUACAUCUGUGUAGCGAGUGCGGAGCUGUAGGCUGUUUCCCAUGGCUCGGUCUGUAGUUCUGGUGGACUGUCACUGUCACCUCACUGCCUCAGAGUUUGAUCACGACAUCGGCAGUGUCUUAGAAGACGCAAAGACAAUAGGACUUUGUGCCCUUGUUGCAGUUGCCGAACAUUCUGGGGAAUUUGAGAAAGUAAUAGAACUAUCUAGAAGGAAUGCGGGAUUAGUGUUUCCCUGCUUAGGAGUCCAUCCGGUACAGGGCUCUGCGACAGGACCUCAGCGCAGCGCAACUCUUCAGGAUGUAGAAGAUGCUUUGCCAAUGAUAGAGCAAUACAGGGAUGAGCUGGUGGCCAUUGGUGAGGUGGGACUGGAUUUCACCCCAAGGAUUGCUUGUACUGACGAUCAAAAGGAAGAGCAGCGGCAAGUGUUUAUCAGACAAAUAGAACUGGCAAAGAGGCUUAAUCUACCACUAAAUGUUCAUUCCCGUUCAGCUGGAAGACCCACCAUUAAUCUGCUGAGAGAUCAAGGUGCAGAGAAGGUGCUGCUACAUGCGUUUGAUGGAAAGCCCUCUGUUGCCAUGGAAGGGGUUAAAGCUGGUUUUUAUUUCUCCAUACCCCCUUCCAUCAUUAGAAGCGAGCAGAAGCAGAAACUGGUGAAGCAGCUUCCUUUGGAAAACAUGUGCUUGGAGACGGAUUCUCCUGCGCUUGGUCCUGAAAAGCAGGUGCGAAAUGAACCAAAAAAUAUUCUCCAUUCUGCGGAAUAUAUUGCCAGAGUUAAAGGAAUCUCCUUAGAAGAGGUGAUUGAGAUCACAACGAAGAAUGCACUCAAGGUGUUUCCCAGACUGUGCCAUGUUCUGCCCAAAUAAAGAAUAUUGCCCACAGCA